AUGCCUGCCAAAUUCCUGAAGUCCAAACAACCCCCUGCCACUGGCUCUGCAAAGGUCGAUGUAAGCUCCAUCGUGCGUGGAGUGAUCGAUGAUGUGCGUGCCAAUGGUGAUGCUGCAGUACGCAAAUACUCGGAGAAGUUUGACAAGUGGUCACCGGUCUCGUUCAAACUCUCCCAGGCUGAGAUUGAUGAAUCCAUUGCUGCGUGCUCCUCCCAGACAAUCGAGGACAUUAAGCAAGUGCAGAAGAAUGUGAGAGCGUUUGCACAAGCCCAGAAGGAUUCUCUCAAAGACCUUGAAUAUGAAAUACAGCCGGGUGUCAUUCUUGGUCAAAAGAACCUUCCUAUUGAGGCUGUUGGAGCAUACAUCCCUGGUGGUCGAUACCCUCUUCUCGCAUCAGCCCAUAUGACAAUACUUACGGCGAAAGUCGCCGGCGUUCCUCAUGUCAUUGGGUGCACGCCCCCCAUCGCCGGACAAGUCCCUCAUGCUACCAUUGCCGCAAUGCACCUUGCAGGAGCGGACGAAAUCUAUCUUAUCGGAGGAGUACAGGCAAUUGCGGCCAUGGCUAUCGGGACCGAAACUAUCCGCAAAGUCGAUUUUAUUGCAGGUCCCGGUAACGCUUUCGUAGCAGAAGGAAAGCGUCAGCUAUUCGGAGAGAUUGGCAUCGACCUCUUUGCAGGCCCGACAGAAAUUCUUAUUGUCACCGACGAGACGGCUGAUCCGUUCCUGGUCGCAACAGAUAUUCUGUCGCAGGCUGAGCAUGGACCCGAUUCACCGGCAGCUAUCAUCACUACCUCGGAGGAGGUUGCUCGAGAAUCUAUUCGCAUCAUUGACGAACUACUGAAGAAUCUGCCUACGGCAGACAUAGCUCGUGUGUCUUGGGCACAAUUUGGAGAAGUCAUUGUGGUAGAUACGAUUGAAGAAGCUUGGAAACUAGCAGAUGAGUACGCCUACGAGCACGUCCAAAUCUUUACACGCAGGCCUCGUGACGCGCUGGAAAAAAUGACUGCUUAUGGCGCGUUGUUUUUGGGUGAAAAUACUUGCGUUUCUUAUGGCGACAAGGUCAUCGGGACAAACCAUGUCCUACCUACUCGCAAGGCAGGCAGAUACACCGGAGGUUUGUGGGUGGGCAAGUUUCUGCGCACUGUAACUUACCAAGAAGUACUAAGUGAUACGGCCAGUGGCGAGUUAGGCCGGUUAUGCGGGCGAGCAGCCCGAGCGGAGAAUUUCGAGGGUCAUGCACGAUCUGGAGAUGCCCGGGCUUAUCACCACCUUAAAGACGAGUUCGGUUGGAUCAAUACAUACAAAGCAAGCUUGUAG